UUUUCAUUGUAUUGUAGUUUCCGCCUGAAAGCGUUGUUAGGUUGUUGCCAAAGCCGAAACCACUCGAAACUCAUCCCUCUCCACAACAAUGGCGGCCUCUUUCUCCAUUUCAAGGCUCUCUCUUUCCUUCUCCUCUUCUUCUUCGGCUACCACUUCUCUCUUUUCCUCCAGACCCACCGCCCUCUCCUUCUCUUCCCUUCCCUUCAAAUCCCUCCGCCGCAUCACCCCGAAACCCCUCAAAUUUUCCUCUUCUCCCACCUCCAAAUUCACCAUCUCCGCCACCAUUUCCGUCGGCGACAAACUUCCCGACUCCACAUUUUCCUACUUGGACCCCGCCGGGGAGCUUCAAACCACCACUGUUUCCGACCUCACCAAAGGCAAGAAAGCCGUCUUCUUCGCCGUACCUGGUGCUUUCACCCCGACUUGCUCUCAGAAGCACCUUCCCGGUUUCGUUGAGAAAUCGGCCGAGCUUAAGGCCAAAGGCGUUGACACUAUCGCCUGUAUUUCAGUCAACGACGCCUUUGUGUUGAAGGCAUGGAAGGAUAACCUUAAUAUCAAGGAUGAGGUUCUGUUGUUGUCUGAUGGGAAUGGGGAUUUCACUAGGGCUAUUGGUUGCGAGCUGGAUUUGAGCGACAAGCCUGUGGGAUUGGGCGUUAGGUCGAGGCGUUACGCGCUUUUGGCUGAGGACGGAGUCGUGAAGGUCUUGAAUUUGGAGGAAGGAGGUGCAUUUACCUUCAGUAGUGCUGAGGAUAUCCUCAAAGUUCUUUGAAUUUGAGAUAAAGAAUAAGAUAGGGAGGUUCCUUUCUUUCUUCUAUUGGACUCUAUCAUUUUCCUUCUGUUUGUUUGUUGCUUCACUCACAGGGUAGUAAUUUCAAUUUUGGCGAAUAAAUGAGAUCAAAUGCAUCUGUUGGAAUAAAUUUCUGAGUUGGUUCAUCUU